UACCACCACCACCAGUCCCAACCCCACUGAACCACCAACAAUCCCCAAGAACAUCACCAGUCUGAACUCUAAUGGCACAACUGGUUCCACAACCAGUGACAAAGCGUCACAACCAGUAACCUCAACUGGCGGCCCAAUCACCACACCCUACAUUACCUCUACCAUCAGCUCCACAUCGACUGAAGGUCCAACUAGCACUCAGAUGGUAGAUAAGACGGAGCCGUAUUCAACGGAGCUUUUAUCAGCAUCUGCUGAAAAUGGCUCCAGACAACCGUUUAACACAACCGAGGCUACAGAGACCACCGCCUCAGCUACUGCUGAGAGCCGCACUACUGCCGUUUCUGCAACUUCUCCACAAUCGUCCACUUCUAUCACAGCUACCACAGAAAUUCAGAUGACGGGAAAUACAACCAUCACACACAUGACUGCUCAACCAAAUGACACCGCCCAAACCACUAAUGCAUCCAGUGACUUCACCACCACCACCAGUCCCAACCCCACUGAACCACCAACAAUCCCCAAGAACAUCACCAGCCUGAACUCUAAUGGCACAACUGGUUCCACAAGCAGUGACAAAGCGUCACAACCAGCAACCUCAACUGGCAGCCCAAUCACCACACCCUACAUUACCUCUACCACCAGCCCCACAUCGACCGAAGCUCCAACGGGCACUCAGAUGGUAGAUAAGACGGAGCCAGUUUCAAUGGUGCAUUCAUCAGCAUCCCCAGGAACUUCAAAAGUGACUCCUAUUUCACUGUCCACUAAAAGUGUCUCCAGUGAAUGCCACCGUAAUCAACCACUUGCCCGAAGUUUGUGUAGCCCGAACACCAACUCAGCUGAUGCUAAAGGUAUGCUGUUAUCGAAAGCUGAAAACAGUGUCAACCAAACCACUUUCACCACAACUACCACAGAAAUUGCAGAAACAAAGAAUAUGACAACAGCUGGUUCCACAACCAAUGACAAAGCCUCACAACCAGCAACCUCAACUGGCGGCCCAAUCACCACACCCUACAUUACCUCUACCACCAGCCCCACAUCGACCGAAGCUCCAACUAGCACUCAGACGCCAGAUAAGACGAAGCCGGAUUCAAUUGUGCAUUCAACAGGUGGGUAG